AUGUCGGGCCUCUUUGGCAGCGCCGCGGCCACAACGGCGACGAGCAUCGGCGACCUCAAGCAAGAUGUUGCGCUUUCCGACCCUCCCACCGACACCAUCUCCGGCCUCUCUUUCUCUCCUGCGCCAAACGGUCCCGACUUUCUCGCCAUCUCCAGUUGGGACAACAAGGUUCGCAUCUACGAAAUUGCCGGCAACGGCCAGAGCCAGGGCCGACACGCCUACGGUCACGAUCAGCCUGUGUUGAGCUGUGACUUUUCCAAGGAUGGAACAAAGAUCGUCUCUGCAGGCGCCGACAAGAACGUCAAGGUCUGCGAUCUCAGCUCCCAGCAGGACAUCGUUGUAGGCACACACGACCAGCCUGUACGAACAGCUCGAUUCUUCGACAGCGGCAGCGGCCCCAUGGUUGUCUCAGGAUCAUGGGACAAGACAGUGAAAUACUGGGAUCUUCGACAGCAGGGGCCCGCCGCCACAGUACAAUGUCAAGAAAGAGUCUAUACGAUGGACGUUCGCGACAAUCUGUGUGUUGUCGGCACAGCCGAUCGCUACAUCAACGUCAUCGACCUCAAGAAUCCUACUAAAAUCUACAAGACUCUACAGAGUCCGUUGAAGUGGCAGACUCGGGUUGUUAGCUGCUUUACUGACUCUGCUGGAUUCGCUAUCGGUAGUAUCGAGGGACGUUGCGCUAUUCAGUACGUCGAGGACAAGAAUUCUAGCUCCAACUUUUCCUUCAAGUGCCACCGCGACCCCCCAGCCAACGGCGUCACCAACGUCCACGCCGUCAACGCCAUCUCAUUCCACCCCGUCCACGGUACAUUCAGCACUGCCGGUUCCGAUGGAACAUUCCACUUCUGGGAUAAGGAUGCCAAGCAUCGUCUUAAAGGUUACCCCAACGUCGGAGGCAGCAUCACCUCUACUGCCUUCAACAAGAACGGUAGCAUCUUUGCCUACGCCGUUGGAUACGACUGGGCCAAGGGUUACCAGCACAACACUCAAACCUAUCCCAACAAGGUCAUGCUGCACGCCGUCAGUGGCGAUGAAUGCAAGCCCAGGCCAUCCGCCAAGAAGCGAUAA